CACAAUGGUUGAAGAUAAACUGCAAUCUAUUAUUAUAAGCUUAACUAUGAACAUGAAUGAAGCCAAUGAGUAAUUACUACAUUUAAAAUAAUUCUGCUUUCCCAUGACCGGUCGCUUAAUUGUUGCCAGGUGCUCUUGAACACUGCUUCACACAGGUGUUUUAACUUCAUUUAGCUGAUUAGAUUACUUCGGCUAUUCGAACAGCAACCUUGAAUCUUUUAAAUAUACGCAGUUAUAACAUGAGGUGUUUUGCGGCUAUACUGAUUAGAUAAGUGUUAGUAACUGACGUAACUGGUCGGACAUUUCAAAGUGGACUGGAUUGUUUAUGAAUGACUUGAAAACGGAGCAGGAGUCCCUUGUUUUUGUCAAGAGGAUGAUGGCGGUGGCAGUGUCCUCUAUCACCUACCUCCGAGGGAUCUUUCCAGAAGAUGCCUACAGGUCCAGAUAUCUGGAAGAUUUGUGCGUCAAAGUUUUGCGGGAAGACAACCACACUCCUGGUGCCAGCAAAGUUGUGAAAUGGUUGAUGGGCUGCUUCGAUGCAUUAGAGAAGCAGUAUCUCCAGGUUGUUUUCAUUGGGGUGUACACCAAUCCAGAUGAACCUAAUUGCAUUAUUGAGUCAUACCAGUUCAAAUAUAAAUACACUGUAAAUGGGCCAGAGAUGGACAUACUCAGGAAUAACGAUGUGGAGAUGCAGGUGACAUUGGAGGACACCAAGAGAGCCUCGGUGCUGCUCAUCAGGAAGCUCUUCCUGCUCAUGCAGAACCUGGAAGCCCUCCCCAACAACGUGUACCUCACCAUGAAACUCUACUAUUAUGAUGACAUCACCCCGGCCGACUACCAGCCCCCAGGCUUCAAGGAAGGUGAAUGUGACAGCCUGUGUUUCGAAGGCAUGGCCGUGCACUUCAAGGUGGGCGAGGUGCAGACGGCGUACCACACCUUGAUAGUGCGCGUUGCAGCGGAACAAAGCCGGCUGGAGAAGCUUCAAGAAGGGAAUCACCUGAGGGACACCAAACAGGAUUCGCUGAGACAUCCUGCAGAGAGCGAGACCAUGGAGGACCCUCUUAAGAAAACAUAUGACGAAGAGGAUCUGCCUUCUGAAGAUGAGUCUGCUGCACAGUUCAAGAAACCUAAGAAGCCCAUGGCAAAGAGAAAUGCAUCUGCCAGAAAUCUGUCGCGAAAGAAAAGGAUUUAACCAAAACAUCGCACAAGAAAUAAGCUGUCAGCACACACACAUGAAAUGAUUCUUAGUUUUAUUGCAAUGUUAAACACGGUUAAAUGUUAUGUUACAAUUCAUUAAAUGUGAAAAUGUGUUGGACAGUUCCCUUACAUAAUUCAAGUUCUAAUGUAAACAACUUGGUAUGAAAGCAUAUUUGAAGUGUAAAAUCUAGUGUUAUUAAUCAGUUGUUGUUUUGCAUGUAAACAUAUAUUAAUAUGAUUAUUGAGGAAAUAAAGUUUGACUUGUAAACAUAUUUGUUCUCCAGUAAACAAACAAAAAAUAUAUAAUUCAGCAUACGGAUUAAACAAUAUAUUUAGAAAGAAGACAUACUGUGCAAAUUCUAUAAAUCAAUAUAUCAAUACAUAUAUAUAUAUAUAUAUAUAUAUAUAUAUGUAUAUAUA